UUUUGUUUACGCAGAAACCUUCUGUAAAAAUUCAUUUUGAGGUAACUGAAAUGGAACCUUCUGAUGAAAAAACGAAUGUAAAUGAAAAGGAAGUGCAAACUGAUAGUGAUUUCGAUAUUUUAAAUGUAAAAGGCAAGCCCAUAGCAACAAUUGACACGAAUUCUUUAACCAGCUUAUCUCGGGAUAUGCAAACAAUGUACGAAGAAAAUCACCAUUCAGACUUCACACUCAUCUGUGGCUCAGAAAAAUUUCACGUUCAUAAGUGUGUUCUUUCGGCCAGAUCUCCAGUUUUCGCAAGCAUGUUGCAACAUCCAAUGAAUGAGACAGCAGAGAACAGAAUGAUUAUACCCGACAUCGAUGCCGUUGUGUUGAAUCAGCUGGUAUCAUUCAUGUAUACCGGACUCAUAAACGAGCUUUCUUAUCCCAUGGCACGAGACCUAUAUUCCGCAUCCGACAAGUACGCUGUGUUGCAGCUGAAAGAUAAGUGUAGCCAGUUUAUAAUUUCGUCUCUCUGCACUUCCACAGCUGUUGAGAUAUUAAUUUUAGGGGACAUGCAUAACGAUAUUAUGCUCAAAAAUGCUGCCAUUAGUUUUAUUUCCGACAAUUUUGAAGAGCUGAAUACUACCGAAGCUUGGCUUACUCUUGUGAAAGAGCGUUCCCCUUUGGCAGUUGAAGUUUUGUCUUCGGCGAUGACUCACCUGAAAUCGAAACUUCAGAAUAAAAAAUAAUUUAUUAUUCCUUUUAAUUUAUGAUACAUUACUUAAUGAUUAGUUCAGUGUAGCAUGGAGUUUUUUUUUGGAUAUUAAAUUCUUGCCUUUCAGUGGUUCAACUUGAAUAUUGUCAUAUAUAAACAAAUAUGAAAUGGUUUAUCAUUUUGACAAUAUUGUACCAUAGAAAUGGUUAGUAGCUAUUCAUUUAUUUUAAUGUAAAUUUACAAUUGAUUUUUAAAAGUAAAUUAAUAAUUUUUUUGCAUGUUCCAAUAUUAUUUAGUGUGUGCAUUGAUAAGUUAUGAAUGAAGAUCUGGGUAAAGGGAUAGAAGAUAUUUGCAAAGUUUUUAUUCGAAAAUCAAAAUAAAUUACUAUGAUAUCAAUUACUCUUACGGUUUACUCCACAAUCAUUUGGAAAGGGAUGGCUGAAUAAUUAUAUUGAUUUAGGUUUUUACGAAACCGUAAUACAUUAUAGAAAAUUUUAAGCAUGAUGAUUCUAUUAAUGAUUGAUUUUGUAUUUACAUUUUAUAUCUUUUACAGUUUGGCUUUCUUUUCCGGUUAUAUUUGGUUACUGUAUAUGUAUGUGUAUAUAUAUAAUUUAAAGUUAAGUUGUAAGAACAAACGAAAAAAGACCUAUAUAUGUACGCUAAAUGUUUGGGUUAUAAAUACUUGUGCAAAAUAGUCGUAUUAGUGCACUAUCAUGUAUAUAUUUUCUUAGUAUAGUUAAUAUAUAUAUAUAUAUUAUGAAUAGAAUAAUUUUGCCCUUGAAAGCAGAGGAGAUCGUUUACAAUGGCUUUUGAAAUCCUGCUGAACAAAACCAUAACAAAUAUAAGGAUGAAUGUUGUUUCAUUUCACUUUUUAAAUUUUAAGUGCUUGACUUCUUGCAGUGACUUGAUAAAUGUUAUAGCGUCUCUUACAUAUGUUACAGAUAUUUUAGUUUCUUGAAAAUAUUCAAUAGCAGUGUUUCUGGAAUAAGAAACUUUGUUGAAACAUGUGGAUGCAGAAAUGAGUGCUUUUUACAAAUACAAUUAUAACCUGAAAAAUGUCAUAAAAUGUUCUUUGUAAAAUUAAUAUCCUGACGAUUCAUUAUUUUAACUCGAAGAAUCUUCUUAAAACGACCUUCCCGGAAAAUCCCUCUCUUUUCGUGUAGUGCCUAAGGUAAUAAAAUAAAAAAAUAAGUGAAAAUAAAAAUCCCUCACUCAGCAGAUUUAGAGUUCUUUGAAGUUUAUUCUCUUUCUUGGAGCAAAAUCUUACUUAAAAGCACCAUUUUGAUUGCAUUUCAGCAAUUCAGACAAAUAAUAUUACAGGCAGUAAAAUAAUAUUCAAAAAGCUUACAUCUGCGUAAGUAAAAGGUCUAUGUCUUUAAAAAUGAAUAUAUGUAAAAAUCUAUGCAGUAAUAAAUAUUUUCCUUUAUAAAUAAUUAAACUUGUAUCAUGUUCAGUCAAUUAUUCAAAUAAUAAUAAAUAAUAUUUAAAUAAGCCUAAAACUUUACAAUCAAAUCAAAAUUCUAGAGAGUAAGAUUGAAAACAUUUUUAAAAACGUAACUCUUUGGGUAAAGGUGGUUCAUUACUAUGUUAAUAGAGUAUCACAGUACAUCACUAAUAUGGAAUACAAAUAAUUCCCGAAGUAAUAUUUAUCGUCUCUAAUUAGUAAAGCUUUAGCAGUAAUUCAAUUGUAUUACUGAAAUCUGAUUUUAUAAAUAAAAUUCGAAAUAAUCUGUA